CGCAGAGCCUGCUCCGAGCUCCGAGCUCAGCCCCUGCCAUGACCUCCAAACAAACCAGAAAGAAAGAGGUGCAUCGUAUCAACUCGGCGCACGGAUCGGAUAAAUCUAAAGAUCAGUAUGUUUUUGGCAGUAAUGUACAGCCCAGAGAACAGAAGAAGGGGAGGUUUCCAAUCUGGCCGGAAUGGAGUGAAGCCGACAUAAAUGCUGAAAAGUGGGAUGCUGGCAAAGGUGGAAAGGAGAAGGACAAAAUGGGGAAAAGCCCUGUACUUCAUUUUUUUGAAGACCCUGAAGGAAAGAUUGAAUUGCCGCCAUCAUUGAAAAUUUAUUCCUGGAAACGUCCACAGGAUUUUUUAAUUAAUCGGGCUCCAGUGGUUGUGAAAAAUGAAAUCCUGUUUGACUUGUUUUCAGCAAACGAGCACUUGAUCUGCAGUGAGCUGAUGAGAUGGAUUAUCAGUGAAAUCUAUGCCGUGUGGAAGAUCUUCAACAGGGGUGCUUUGAACAAUUAUUUCAAAAGGACAUCAGGGGAGCCUCCUCUUCUGACCUGGAAGCCCUGGGAACACAUUUACUCCCUGUGCAAGGCUGUGAAAGGUCACAUGCCCUUGUUCAACAGCUAUGGGAAGUAUGUUGUGAAACUUUACUGGAUGGGUUGCUGGAGAAAGAUAACUAUUGAUGACUUUCUGCCUUUUGAUGAAGAAAACAAUCUCCUGCUUCCUGCGACAACCUAUGAAUUUGAACUUUGGCCAAUGCUUUUAUCUAAAGCUAUCAUUAAGCUGGCAAAUGUUGACAUCCACGUAGCAGAGAGGCGAGAACUGGGAGAGUUCAUGGUGAUUCAUGCACUCACGGGAUGGCUACCAGAAGUCAUUUCUCUCCACCCAGGAUAUAUGGACAAAGUUUGGGAGCUCUUGAAAGAAAUAUUACCUGAGUUUAAGCUGUCAGAUGAGUCCAGCUCUGAAAGCAAAAUAACAGAGAUCGACGCCAAAUUAAAAGAACAAGGGAAAGAUGUGAAGGAUGGGAAAGAAGUGAAAGAUGGCAAAGAUGGCAAGGAAUUCAAACCAGAAGGUUCAGCAACAACAUUAAAAUUAUCUGAGAAAAGUGACAGAGUUUUAAAGGAGAAAGCCGAUGCAAGAGACCCUGGGAAGAAGAGGAGUAGAGAUGGAGAGAAGGAAAGAGAAAAGGAAAAAUUCAAAUGGUCACUUCAUGGUUCGAGACCUUCAUCAGAUGUACAGUACUCUCUACAGUCUCUGUUAGAUUGUUCUUCAGCAAUGCCGUCCCCUCAGAUGGUUGUAUAUGCUACCUUUACACCUCUUUAUUUGUUUGAAAAGAAGAUUUUUUUAUUAAAGAAGAUGGCUGAUUCUGCUGAGAAGCUUAGAGAGUACGGGCUUUCCCACAUCUGUAGCCAUCCUCUGCUGGUGACAAGAACUAGGUCUUGUCCCCUUAUAGGUCAUGUUGCUUCACAAGCUGUACUUGGAAAAGAUGAACCGUCAGACUGUGGACUGAAUGACACAGCCCAUCCUGCUGAGGGAAUCAGUUUGGAAAGAGAUUUGUUCAGCCAAAUGACAGCAACACAAGACAAAUCGCAGGAAGAGCUUAUAACAGUAAAUAACAGUGUUUGUAAAGAAAUAUGGUUAGAUUUUGAAGACUUCUAUAUAGGCUUUCAGAAUAUAUGUAUUUUCCACAAGCCAAGUUCAUACUGUUUUAACUUUCAAAAAACAGAAUUCAAGUUCUCGGAUGAACGCGUGUCCUACUAUCUGUUUGUGGACAGUCUAAAACCUACUGAACUGCUGGUUUGCUUUUCUGCACUGGUACGCUGGGGAGAAUCCGGAGCUUUAACAAAAGACAGCCCCCCCAUAGAGCCUGGACUACUUACAGCUGAAACAGUUUCUUGGAAAUCUCUGAGGCCACGCGAUCUUGUUGUGAAGAUUCACACGUACGCUACCAAGGCCGCAGUGGUUCGCCUGCCAAUCGGGAGACACAUGCUGCUCUUCACUGCGUCCUCCCCAGUGGGGCACUCCAUACACAUCUGCAGCAUGGGGACCUUUGUCGUCGGGGACGAAGAUGCUGUGCUGCCCAGCUUUGAGCCAGAGAGCUAUCGAUUUACAGAGCAGUCUUUAACAAUUUUGAAAGCGGUUGGACACGUGAUUGCUAAUUUCAAGGAUAAGGGUAGACUCUCUGCAGCUCUGAAAGAUCUGCAAACAGCUCACUACCCUAUCCCCCUGCAGGACAAAGCACUAACUGCGCAGCACUUCAGGGUUUUUCAUGUUUCUUUAUGGCGUUUAAUGAAAAAAGCCCAAAUAGCAAAACUUCCUCCCAACCUCAAAUUUGCCUUCCGUGCUAUGGUUUUGGACUUGGAUUUACUCGAUUCUUCUCUGGAAGAGGCUUCUUUAGAGGAAUGGGUAGAUAUUAAAUAUAACGUGCCAACAAGUGAUAAAGACUAUUUUUCUGAGGAAAUAACAGCGGCAAUUAAAAUUCAAGCCAUGUGGAGAGGGACAUAUGUCAGAUUGCUUAUGAAAGCCAGGACACCAGACACAAAGGAAAAUAUUAGUGUUGCAGAUACUCUUCAAAAAGUCUGGGCUGUACUGGAACAGAAUAUAGAACAUUAUGCAAUUUCUCUCCUAAGACUAAUGUUUAAAAGCAAGUGCAGGUCUAUGGAAUCUUACCCAUGCUAUCAAGAUGAAGACACUAAGAUUGCUUUUGCUGACUAUACAGUGACUUAUGCAGACCAACCACCAAAUACUUGGUUUAUAGUAUUCAGAGAAACAUUUUUGGUUCCUCAAGAUAUGAUUUUGGUUCCCAAAGUAUAUACUACACUUCCAGUCUGUAUGCUCCACGUUGUUAACAAUGACACAAUGGAACAAGUGCCAAAGGUGUUCCAAAAAGUGGUGCCUUAUCUUUAUACUAAGAACAAGAAAGGAUAUACAUUCGUGGCUGAAGCAUAUACUGGUGACAUGUACGUGCCAUCAUCACGAUGGAAACUGCGCCUCAUUGGUUCUUAUCAUCCACUCCCAUUCUUGUGUCGAGACUCUCCUUGUAACACCUUUGCCGUAAAGGAAAUCAGAGAUUACUACAUACCCAAUGAUAAGAAAAUCGUAUUCAGGUAUUCACUUAAGGUUGCAUUACCACAUCCUGUUACCAUACAGGUGCGCAUGUCCAAACCAGAUGCGUUCGUCAAGCUACAGAUCCUAGAAAAUGAAGACGUUAUCGUGAGCGCAACUGGGAAGGGCCAAGCUAUAAUUCCAGCAAUUAACUGCUUGGGGGGUGAGAAAGCCUUGAGCUCCCAGUCUAGCAAGCAAAUUCUUUUAAGUCAUGCUGCACCUAAGAAGGAGCAAGAAUUUUACAUUAAGAAGAAAUCUGCCCAGGGAAGUCAGAAAUACUAUAAAAGACUUGGAAGUGCAAUUGACACUGGUCAGCCUAUUGUGGAUGAGGAAACGACCUGUGUACCCACCACAGAAGAAAACGCGAGCACGUCACAGCAGGUAUACAAGUAUAUCAUACAGUGUUCAGUGUUGUAUAACAGUUGGCCUCUCACUGAAAGUCAAUUGAUGUUUGUUCAAGCACUAAAAGACUUAGAGAAAAAUGAUAGCAAAGCUCAUGGAGAGAAACAUGAGGAAUUAAUUACCUUGGGAAGCCCAGAUUCCCACACUAUUAGUGAGGGACAGAAAUCUUCAGGAACUUCCAGAAUAACAAGGAAAGGCAAAGAAAAGUCUUUGGAGAAAGAAAAGGCAGCCAAAGAAAAACAAGCACCUCGAUUUGAGCCUCAGAUGUCCACCGCUCACCCACAACCAGAAGACCCAAAUAAACCCUACUGGAUUUUGAGGUUGGUCACUGAACACAACGAAGCAGACUUUUUUGAAGUGAAAAAAGACACAGAACGAGCAGACGAAAUCCGAGCCAUGAAGCAAGCCUGGGAGAUGACUGAGCCUGGAAGGUCAAUCAAGGCUGCCCAGGCUCGUCUCCACUAUCUCAGCCGGUUCAUUAAGAAAAUGCCUGAUGCUGAGAGUGUGCCCAUGUCUGAGAGUCAAACCAAAGCUGGAGAAGAGAUAGAAACAUCUUCAAGUGUCAUAAGAGAGUCAGACACAAAGAGUCCCAUGAGUUUAGACAGCAAAGAGACCAUACCCUCAGGGAGCACACUGUGGAAGAAGUGGCAGCUGAGCAAGAGCUUGAAGGAUCUGGCAAAACCUACCAGCAGCGAUAGUGGAGGAUCAUCCCCAUCCUCCUUCCCUAAGGAGGAGCGUGAGCAGGGCAUGCGGAAGGAAAAUAUCAGGCCUCAAUCACGAUCCCCAACAAUUUUGGAAAUGUCUCCACAACUUAUUCGGAAAAAACUACAAUGUGUAGACUUAAGUCAAUAUGUGCGUAAAACAGAAACCAAGCCUCUGUUGCGAACGGAAGAACUGACUCAGCUGCAAGCAAUGCAGAAGGCAGAAGAGGUCCAUCAGUUCCGACAGUAUAGGACCAGAAUCCUCAGCAUUCGAGAUAUUGACCAAGAAGAAAGGAUUAAAUUAAGGGAUAAAGUUCUGGAGAUGUACAAGGAAAUGUGGGACUCCGUAGACGAAGCCCGGCAGGAGAUCCUCAGCGUCCGGGAGGAGUACCGGAACAAGCUGCUGGACGCUGAGCGCCUCCGCUUGGAGGCUCUGGCCGCCGAGGAAGCCGUCAGCCGCGUGGAGCCCGAAAAGAAGGUCCCGGCCCCGGACACACAGAAAAAAAAGAAAGGAAUGAAAAAGUAACCAGGGGAUGCCCCCAAUAGAAGAGGAUCUAUUUCUAAUCACCUGUAACUUUGAGAAAAAUAAGGUUGUAGGCCAAUUGAAAACAGCCGUUUUUCUACCUUAGAAAUAGUUUCUGUGCUUUAAUGUUCAUGUACUAGUUUUUCCCAGAAGCUAUCAUUUGAGUUUACAAUUUUCUAAUUUCAAUAAAAAUAGCCUCCACAUAUUUAGAAUGUAAUAAACUUUAGAUGUCUCCAUCUGAAUGGCUUCAUUUUUAGUUAGUAAUGAAAAUAGGAUUGCGAGUGAACCAACAGAUUGUCUUUGAAAAAUUCAACGAGAAAAAGAGCUAUUGUUCUUCAAAGAAAUUUUGUCUCUAACUUUAAAGGCUUUAAAAUAUUUUUAAAAGUAUGCUUUAGACCUGUGCUUUAAAAAAAAAAAUAGGAACAAUCGAGAAACCCAGCUCAACAGUCAAGAACUACCAUGAGUUAAGCACACACUCAAAUUGCUGGAAGCCAGAAUCCUGACCUGAGUCAGGGCAACCCAGGCAGACAAGCUGAUGACAUACAUCCUUCGCUAUAUGUAUCAGCACUGUAUUUUUUGUAACAUAGAACAUGUUCUUUUAUGCUAGUUAAAAAGAAAAAAUACCAUGAGUGGAUUAACUGAGAUAUGCAGUAGGAAAUUGACUAUCAAAAGCACAUUUCCAAUUCAUAACUUUCUCAGAUAAAAACACCCAUAGACUUUUUGAACCAGUCAAAGCUGUUUCACUUUGACAGAAGAUUUUACUUUUUUCGUUUAUUUCAAUGCAAUUUUUUCUCUAUUACUCUUUGCCUGCAUGUUCCUUCACAGCUCUGUGACCGACCCCACCCCCAAAUAAUUCAUAGUAACAAAGUAGUAUGGAUAUUUUUCACUCAUCUCAUAUAAUUAUACAUUAGGAUUUUAUAUCAUGGCUUAUUUUACAUAUUGACAUUUUGUUAUACAUACUUCACUGUAUGUUGAUUUUUCUCAUCAAACAAUACAAAGUCUCUUCUAGUCAAAAGUAAUUUAUUUUUAAUUGCUGUGCAAUAUUCCAUUGCACCAGUAUUCCAUAAUCUAUCCAACUAAUUCUCUAUUGAUGAAUAUUUACUUUUGUUUUUAGAUUUUUUUUACCAUACAAGCUAUCUACUUGAAAGUGUGUUUGUAUCAGGAUAUUCAAGUGUAGUCGACCCUUAAAAAACACAGAUUUGAAUUGUACAGGUCCACUUAUACACACAUAUUUUUCAAUAAAUAUAUUGGAAAAAUUUUUGGAGAUUUGCAGCAAUUUGAAAAACUCACAGAUGAACCA